ACAAAACAGAACCAAGCUCAACUGAGUGAAGAAAUGGGAGAGGAAAAGGGCAGUCCUCAGACAACAGGAUACUAUUAAUUUUAAUAACGUGGACAUAAAAGAUUUUGUUUGCACACAGGGAGAGGUUCUGCUCUUGGCUAGACAAAGCUCACUCUGUGUCCAUUCCAAAGCUAUCUCUCGACCAGCAGCUCAUUUUUUGACUGUAGAUAAGGGUGAUUAUUUGGUAAACAGCUCAUGACUUCAACAGGUCAUUACAUCCUGAGGCAAGAAGGUAUAAAGCUGCAGGAGCCUGGGACCACUCAAGCUGAAGAAGGAGGAGUUCUCAAGAGUGUUGGUUCCAACCAGAUCUGAGACAUACCAGAGACUUUAAGGGCAAAUUGGAAAGAGCUCUGAGGGCCUUGGAAUUAAAGCAUCGAAGUAUCAUCUCCAGAGAAAGACAAAGAUGGCUCCCAAAUGUGUUUGGCUGUUCCUACUGAUGAGCUGUGUAAUUGGACCUGAAGUCCUGAGUGCUGUCUUGAGACCCAGCUGUUCUCCAGGAUGGUUUUUCUACAAGUCCCACUGCUAUGGAUACUUCCGGAAGCUGAGAAGCUGGUCUCAGGCUGAGCUCAAGUGUCAGUCAUAUGGGAAUGGAUCCCAUCUGGCAUCUGUCUUGAAUGAAAAGGAAGGCAAUGUCAUCGCAAACUUCAUAUAUGGCUAUCAAAGAAACCUGCCUGUGUGGAUUGGCCUGCAUGACCCAAAGAAGAAUCAGCUAUGGCAAUGGGUUGAUGGGUCUACAGAGCCGUACCAUGCCUGGAAUUCCAUGAGGAAGAGUGAAGCCAGUCACUGUGCUGAGCUGAACCCCAAAUAUAAGUUUUCAAAAUGGGACAAAAACAGAUGUGACAAGCGACAGCAUUUCCUAUGCAAGUACAAGACAUAGAGAAGGAACCCAGUGUCUGCCAGCCUGCCGCAAGCUCCUCCUUCCUCCCUCUGACCUGGUGGCUGAUGUAAUCAUUAUCCCUGAGAGUAAACGUAGCAGUGAACACUGAUGAGGCCCCCAGUGCACUGACUGUCAGGCUCAGAGAUCUUAGCAUGGUGGGAUACUGGCUUCUGGUCUCAGAGCUCUUAGCAUGGUGGGACAGUGGCUUCCAAUUUUAGAGAUCUUAGCAUGGUGGGACAGUGGCUUCCAAUCUCAGAGCUCUUAGCAUGGUAGGACAGUGGCUUCCAAUCUCAGAGCUUAGCAUGGUGGGACAGUGGCUUCCGGUCUCAGAGCUUAGCAUGGUGGGACAGUGGCUUCCCUCUCAGUGUUCACGCUACAGUCCUUUGUACUAGUCCUCUUCCCUUGGGCUGUCUCAAACAAAUAGAAAUGUGCUUCCUGACCACUGGGUCUUUGUUA